GUUGUGGAAGAAAGGAUCACACUCGGGAGGCUGCACUAAACGGCGAUAAACAAGCAUCAAUGUAUGUAUUUUAUUGACCGCUGACAAAGAAAAAUGCGACUGUGCCAGCGGAGUUUAUGUGAGACAGGAUUUUGAGACUGGGACUGUGUACAUGCGUCGCCCCGCUGUGCGCUCAGGAGCAACGCCAAAAGAAAUCAGAUUUCUCUGGGCGACUUGUGUUUACACAGGAGCCAUCCAGAGCCACGUUUUAGCAAGCAAGCAAGCUUGGCUGGGACAGUACAGUACAGGGCUGUUUAACGUUUGACUCACUGCCCAUGCAAACAGUGGGGGAACAGAGCAGGGAAGCAAACUACAACUACAAAACCAUAUAAGUAAAUUUACUUGAAACCCUUGAAGGAAAACUGUCCGUCGGAGAGAAUCUUUUGAGAGAUUACAUGGGGUGUUGCAGCUGAUCGACUGGGCGAGCACAUGUUGUGCAUGUAGCUAAUUGCUUCGUUGUCUGAACUUUCACUGUGGAUGUGGACAUGGAAACUGUUGCAAACUAACCACAACUACGCCUGGCAUUGGUUGCAGGGAAUGGUACGUCGGUAUUAUUCUUCAAAGUAGUCUUUAGUCCCUCGAAGCUGUCAACGAGCCUCGGCCGAAAGUCUGCUGGGUCGACAUGGAGAGUCAGGAUGAAAAGGAGAACAGUCCCCCGAAGUCAGACAAGAGGUUCUGCCUGAGUUACAUCGGCUGGUCCUCGCUGGACAGGCGGACCACCCUGCCCAUGCUGCCGUGGCUGGUGGCAGAGAUCCGCAGGAGGAGUGAGAAAGGCGACUGCGGCCCCGUGGUGCAGCCGAGACAAGUUCAGCUGGUCCUCAACGCUCCCUUCGUCCGAUGCGUCCCCUCCAGCAGCAACAGCUCUUCAGUUUUCAUAUUCGAGCACAAAGCGCAGCUCAUCUCUCGCUUCAUUCACAACAGCAAUGACCUGACCUAUUUUGCCUAUCUCCUGCGAGGCCAGCCUGACAACCCCGAGUCCGAGAUGUCCUGUCACGUCUUUAAGGCCUGCGACCCCAACCAGGUCCCUGAGGUGAUCAGCAGUAUUCGCCAAGUGUCCAAAUCAGCCCUAAAGGAAGACGCCAAGCCCAAACCAGAAGCUGAUGAGGCCUUCUACAACUCCCAGAAGUAUGAAGUGCUUUACUGUGGCAAGGUGACAGUUGGGCACAAGAAAGCUCCAUCCACCCUCAUCGAUGAUUGCAUUGAUAAAUUUCGUCAGCACGAGGUCGAGCGCAAGCGCCUGCGUCUGCUAAAUGGCCAGCGAGGCUCGACGGAGGGCACCCCUGUGGAGUUCCUCAUAGGGGGAGAAGGAGACCCACUCUCGUCUGCUCUGAGUGAGAGCAUGGAAGACACCGAAGCUCUUGGAGUGGAGGACAUGACCGGAGUUGGAGGCCUUUCCAGUAGCACCAGUCAAAGCAGCCUGCGAGGUGCGUUCCCGGAGUGCAUCCUGGAGGACUCUGGAUUUGAGGAGCCUCAGGAGUUUCGUACGCGUUGCAGCAGCCUGGCGGGGAGUCUGCAGAGGAAGCCAGGGGAAGGUGUCAUCAUGGGUCCCACACGGCGCAGACAUGCGAGCGCACCAAAUCACGUUCAACCGUCUGAUGCAGACAAGAACCGCACCAUGCUCUUCCAGGUGGGGCGUUUUGAGGUAAACCUCAUAAGUCCAGACAGUAAAACGGUGGUGCUGGAGAAGAACUUCAAAGAUAUCUCAUCCUGCUGUCAGGGUAUCAAGCAGACCGACCAUUUUGGAUUCAUCUGUCGGGACCAAUCACAGUCUGGUCCCAGUCAGUAUGUUUGCUAUGUUUUCCAGUGUGCCAGUGAGUCCCUGGUAGAUGAGGUGAUGCUGACCCUGAAGCAGGCCUUCACUACAGCAGCAGCCUUACAAAGCAACAAAACCCAGAUCCAGCUAUGUGAAGCCUGCCCCAUGCAUGACCUGCACAAGCUCUGCGAGCGGAUUGAAGGUCUGUACCCACCCAGAGCAAAGCUAGCCAUCCAAAAAUAUCUCUCCCAGCUGACUGACAAUGAGCAGGCUGAGAUUUUUGAGCGAGUUCAGAGAUUGAAGCCCGGGUCAGACCAAGAAGAGAAUGAGCUGGUGAUUCUCCAUCUGAGACAUCUUUGUGAAACCAAACAAAAGUCCCACCUCCACAUCGGAGAAGCCCCUCAGAAUGCAGCAAACAGUUCAGCAGCAGGCGACAGCACAGCCACCAGCAGUCGCUUCAAACUUGAUAUUUUCAAGAAUAAACGCACCUCCCUCACCAGCUCUCUAGAGAACAUCUUUGCAAGGGGUGCCAGCCGAAUGCGGGGCCGCUUGGGAAGCAUGGGAAGCAUCGGCAGUUUUGAAAGACAGGAUGAGGAAUCUCCUGGUCACUCCCCUCCGGGUUCCCCUCCUGCUUUCCCUGACGACGACCCGGAAGCCGGCCUGCAGUUCCGUCGGCGUGCCCACACCUUCAGCCAUCCACCUGUGAAGAAACGCAUCUCCUUUGAGGGACAACCGGCCAACCAGAGCAGACAGACUCCGCUGCGCAGGCAACAGUCUGUUAACCCAGAACUGCUGCAGAGCAGUCCCGUGGCUGUCUCGAGAACGCGCAGCGUUUCGGAGAGCGAGUCCUCCUUCAGCCUCCCCUCCUCCUUCUCCGCUCCCACUUUCCUGAAAAGCUUUUACCAGGGCUCACUGGGCUCCCUGAGCUCCCUGGCAGACAGUGGGAGCUACAAGAGUAAUGGGGAAGGCAGGAAGAGGACCCUGUCAGGCUGCAGCACUGACUCAGUGAGUGGAGGUCUCCCUCCAACCCCACGCAGGGUCUCCUGGCGACAGAAGAUCUUCUUGAGGGUUGCUUCGCCUAUGAACAAGCCGCCUGCAUCCAUGCAGCACCCAGACCAGUCUGAUACAAGAGAGCUGUUGCCUCUCUCUCCUCGCACCUUGGAUUCAAGUCUGGACCCUUUGGGCCAUCUUCUGUUGUCAACGAGUGACUCCCUGUGCGGGGAGAGGCCUAAGAAGACGGGGGCUGACUACAGGGCCCUGUGGAAGACUGCCAUCCACCAGCAGAUCCUACUGCUGCGAAUGGAGAAGGAGAACCAGAGACUGGAGGAAGCGAGCAGAGAUGAGCUGCACAUCCGCAAGAUGAAGCUGAACUACCAGGAAGUGGGCCAGUGCUCCAAAGAUGCACAGGCAUUGUGGGAGAGAAAACUGACAGCCCCAGGCAGAACGACAGUCCCACAAGACAAGGAGGAGAUGUAUCGUGCACUCUGCCAAGGUGUUCCCAAGAGCAGGCGUGGGGAGGUCUGGCUGCUCCUUUCCCAUCAGCACCGGCUGCGUCACAGACUGCCACAGCGACAGCAUGCCCCAGACACCCAAUACCAUGACCUGCUGAAGCAGCUCACUGCACAGCAGCAUGCUAUUCUGGUGGAUCUAGGCCGGACCUUCCCCACCCAUCAGUACUUCUCAGCCCAGCUUGGCGCAGGGCAGCUUUCCCUUUACAACCUCCUCAAAGCCUACUCUCUGCUGGAUACAGAGGUUGGCUACUGCCAAGGUAUCAGCUUUGUGGCUGGAGUGCUGCUGCUGCACAUGAGGGAAGAACAGGCCUUUGACAUGUUAAAGUUCCUGAUGUAUGACCUCGGCAUCAGGCGGCAGUACAGACCUGACAUGGUCUCUUUGCAGGUUCAGAUGUACCAGCUCUCCAGACUGUUACACGACUACCACCGUGAGUUGUACAAUCACUUCGAAGAGCACGAGAUCUGCCCGAGCCUCUACGCAGCGCCGUGGUUCCUCACUCUGUUCGCCUCACAGUUCCCUCUCGGCUUUGUGUCCCGCAUCUUUGAUUUUGUAUUUGUCCAGGGGACCGAGGUGAUCUUUAAAGUGGCCCUCUGUCUCCUGAGCAGCCAUGAGGGGGAGAUAGUGGAGUGUGACAGCUUUGAGAGCAUUGUGGACUAUCUGAAAACUACACUUCCCACCCUCACUCAGACACAGAUGGAGCAAACCAUUGCAAAGGUAAUGGAGAUGGACAUCUCCAAGCAGCUGCAUGCGUACGAAGUGGAAUACCACGUCCUACAGGAUGAGAUGUUAGAUGCCGGACCGUUGCCUGAUGACUCGGACCGGCUCGACAAACUAGAAAAGACAAAUGUGCAGUUGAAGAAACAGAACAUGGACCUGCUGGAAAAACUUCAGGCUGCACGGCAGAAGAUUCAGUCGCUGGAGACGAGCGUGGAGAACUUCCUUUCUCGAGAGAGCAAAAUGAAGCACAUGAUUCGCUCUCUUGAGCAGGAGAGGGCAGCUUACCAGAAGACCAUUGAACGCAUGCGCUCGUGCCUUCCCCCUGACACCCUGACAGAUGUGGAGAUGACCCAGAUCAAAACAGGACCUAAUGGGAAAGCCAAAACUGCAGCCAAGAAGCCCUGAUGGCAACCAGGGGCGCUGGCUGCUCUGGGCAGACGCUCAGAAAGAGACUGAAGUGAACAAAUGGAGACUGCUUUAGUGGAAGGCUGUUCAGCUCAACAGCUAUUGUUGUACUGCUGCACAAGAGUGGCAGCGCUUUGUAAAUGUGUGAUGUCUGGACUUGAGAUGUGCAGACUAUAUGGGAAAUAUCUACGUGAUAUUUGUCAGCAGAUAAUAGAGUGGUGGGAGGAUGGUUUCAGUUAUAUUAGCAAACAGACUGUUCCGUCAGUCGAUCAGAGCUGCUGUUCUGUCUCAUCUGUUUCACUGCCAGUUUGAAGGUGAGAUCAAAAUGCACAACGUUGUUCCUUAUUCAGAUCUCUUGGUAAUCACAGGGAUAUUUUCUAGAUUGACACAAGUGAGAAAUGUGUCUGCCUCUGCAAAUCUUUUCGAGCACUGCCUUGAUGUAUUUACUACCAGUCUCAGUAGCACCACAAAAGCAGUGAACAGAAGGUGCCUGUUGGCAAACAAUCCUUUGGACCUCAGGUUCAACAUAUAGCCAUUACCAGUGUGCAUAAUCCUGGAGUUGAGACCCCAUUAUUAUUGUUAUUUUUGAACUUGUGUCUGUGAUGGAAACUCUGCCUCAGGCUAAUCACAUUGCUGUGUUAUUUCCUUUUAUUCACUUAAAAUGAUUGUGAAUGUAAUUUCCAUCCAAAGAUCAUUGUUAUAAUAAUCUGUUUUUUUUGUCACCACAUAGGCAUCAGGGUGCAUGUCUGCCAUAUUAGGCUUUAAGUUUCAGCAGCUGUAUACUAUAUUGUUGCUCAUCUCUCAGCACCACACUACUGCCUUCACAUGAGAGAUCUUUAGUACGCGCACUUGCUGCUUUUAAGGAGGAAGUGUUUCUUCCAAAGCUCAGGCAGGAUGUGAGGUCGUCUGCCUUCUCAGUUUCCUGUGUGAUUGACCGCGGUGUCGCCUCGUUUUAGCACCAUGUUCAGACACUGAGGCACAGUUCACACUCCCCAGGAGGCACUGAAAAACAGACAGAGAUGGAGGAGCGAUUGGAAUGUACAUCACAUGCUUGUGUUCUGAAAGUCUGUAUGGCUUCUUGUUUUUGUCAGCCCAAGGUCUGACAGAUCUAGGAACAUCUACUGUAGUAUCUGAAUGUGGACUACAAGCAGCUGGUGCUGCAUGGCUCAAGAUUUUAAGACUACACAUAGCAGCAGCUGCAUUGUUGUUGGUCACAUGUACACUCCUGUACAAAGUUUGCAGUGAAGCUCGAGGGUUUAGGUCAGUAGAGAGCCCUCAAAGGAAAUAACACUGUAAAGACAUUUCAGUUUCCUUUUGAGGAAAUGUACAGUACACAGUAUAUGUACACACACAUACACACAAGCUGUGCAGUGAACUGGCUUAGUGUAUGGGCAGACAGUUCAAAUGAAUUCAAAGAGUGUCCCUGGCUCUCUCCUCAGUUUUGUUUUAUCCCACCUCCGUGUCUGACUCACCAUUGCCAGUUCUGAUUGAAAGCAAACCAGGCCUGAGCUUUCAUAAAACACCUGAACAUUAAAACCAAGGUGAUGUCUGUCAAGACAAAAAUCACUAACAGCGUCUGUCAGUCUUCCUGUCCUUGGUGACACGUUGUGGUGACAUGUUCAUGUCUGUUUCACUGUAAAGCUUCUAUUCUCAAACUUAAGCCCUUUGGCAUGCAAUGCAAUACAGUAUGCUUAUGUUUAAGAGCCUCGCGUAUUUGCAUAUACCCAGUGUACUUUCUUACUUUUGCAAAGUUACAGGAGCUAAUUCACACAAAGUUUGAUAGUUUGAUAAAUCGGGCCUGACAUCCACUGUCACGGUGAAAUGUUCUUGUGGUAAUUGAGGAGACAUUGUAAACGUUUGCACCAAACUUCUCAUAAAUAAUAGAGAAAUGGUCGCCUCUGAACAGCAGGGAUUCUCUCAACAGUUCAGCAAGUGCAACAUAUCAAACGAUUCAUCUUGAAAUCUGUUGAAGGAUAUGUAGAAUACAGUCCUGCUGACGGCUUUCCUGCCUCUUUUUGCCUGUAGUUUGCUUGUUUAGAGUAUUUGUGCAUCAUUGAAAUUGAUCACUGAACCAAAGAUGUGGUUGCUUUUUCAAUAAUGAAUGAAUGAAAAAUGAACGAAUACACCCAAAAUUCUGUGAUGUAUUGUGCGUUAAAUGGGAUAAUAUUUGUUUAACUACACCUGUUCAGCAUUCUUAAGGUUUGUACUAAGAUAAAAGCUUGAAAAGAUACCAAAUAUUGGCGGUUAAAAAACUUGACUGGACACAAAAAAAAAAAAAAAAAAAGAGAGAAAAAAAAAGACUUGUUUACUCAUCAUUACACAAUGUUUAUUUCUUCUCAGCUUAUUAAACAGUGCCAAAAGUUAAUGGCCUUUAUUCUCCAUUAGUUGGAGAUAUGAGACCGUUUUGUCGAUAUCUAAUGUAAAGCACUUCAUUGUAGUCAGUGAAGGGUCUUUCUUUUACAUCAGGUGCUCUGAGUCCUGACUACUAAAUAGUGCUCAUAUCACUGUGUUUUUUAAAAAGACUGUCAAUAUGAGGGCUACACAAAGGAACUGUCAUGAAUUCUUCAAUAAACCUCACUUUGCCUUGUU